UCAGCUCCGCCUCCCGGCCAAUCCAGAGGCAGCGGAGGGGUGGGGCCUGGCCCGCGCUGGCUGGCUCGGUGUCUGCGCGCGGGCUUCGUCGCGUCGCAGCUGUGCGCGUGAAUCGCUUUUGUCCGCGCCAUGGAGUCUGCGCUGAUCCGGCGUUUAGCCCCGCGUCUGGGCAUCGCCGAGCCCGGUGUGCUGAGGAAAGCAGAGGAGUACUUGCGACUGUCCCAGGUGAAAUGUAUUGGCCUGUCUGCACAUACCACGGAGACCAGCAAUGCAGUCAUGUGCCUGGACCUUGCGGCUUCCUGUAUGGAGUGUCCUUUGGACAGGGCUUAUUUAAUUAAACUUUCUGGUUUGAACAAGAAGGUCUAUCAGAGCUGUCUUAAAUCUUUUGAAUGUUUACUGGGCCUGAAUUCAAAUAUUGGGAUGAGAGACCUGGCUGUACAGUUUAGCUGUACAGAAGCAGUGAACAUGGCUUCAAAGAUACUGCAAAGCUAUGAGUCCAGUCUUCCACAAACACAGCAAGUGGAUCUUGACUUAUCCAGGCCACUUUUCACCACGGCUGCACUACUCUCGGCAUGCAAGCUUCUAAAGCUAAAGGUGGAUAAAAAUAAAAUGGUAGCCACAUCUGGUGUAAAAAAAGCCAUAUUUGAUCGACUUUGUAAACAAUUAGAGAAGAUUGGGCAGCUGAUGGACAGAGCGCCUAGAGAUUCAGUUACUUCACCACAGAAGAAAAAGAUGAUGAUGGUUGAACCUCCAGCAGAAGAAACAGAGAAGGUGGUAGAGAUCCCACAUAAACCUCAGAAAGAUGAAGAUCUGACACAGGAUUAUGAAGAGUGGAAAAGGAAAAUUUUGGAAAAUGCUGCCAGAGCACGAAAGGCUCCCGCAGAGUGACCUCUUCCAGACCGCCAUGUGCUAUAAACCCACAGUACGUCCGCCUCCUCAACAAGGACAUGAGGGUUUUGGAAUCUGUUUCAACUUUUAGAGCUAGGAUCCUGACUAUUGCCUUAAUAGCAAAGAAGCCAGCCCGGGGCUGAGUUUUGGGCAGCAGGCUGCCCCUGAGGUGGGCAACAGAUCCAUUAGAUCAGUCAUUUUGGUGUAGCCUUGGCUCCCCACAGGUCUGCACUGUCCUACAAAAUGGAAUUGGAGUCAUUUUGCUCUUUUGUUUUAAGCAAAAAACAGUCCCUUGUCCUAUCCAAAAUAUAAAAUUCAGGCUGAAUGGAGUCUUAGGGAUUUUACUUAGGUUUUUGUGUAAGUUGCUUGGUUUGACGAAAUCAAUAUAUGGUACAGUCUAAGUUAAUAAAUGUUAUUUUUAUAUGCA